UGAAAAUGGAAAAGGUUGUCCAGGUGUUUGUAACUUGGAACUUCCCUUCCCACUCCACACUCCGCACCACCCCCUCUUCCCCAUUGGCCACACUCCCCCACUUUGCUCCAAAACCCCCCACCCCAUUUCCCAAAAGCAUCUACUCCUCCAAGAUUCUCCUCCGCCUUCCUCAAAUUCCAAUUACCUAUCUCACCCAUCUCACCCAUCUCCAAUGGCGACUUCUCUCCUCCUCUCCAGCUCCUUCCUUUCCUCCUCUCCCCUUUCCCAAUCCAGAAGACUCACCUAUGCAAGAACUUCAUGUUUUCCCUAUGCAAGAACUUCUGCAAAGCUAUUUCUGAAAUCUACUCAUGUUCCUUCAUGUUCAUUCAGGUUUUGUCACAAAAUUAUGGCGGGGACUUCAAUAGGGGAGACAGAGGAAGAGGGUGUGGAGCCGGUCACUGUGGGUGAGGACUCUGCGGCCUUUGAUUUGGGUCAGCAGAAGAUUUCUUCCUGGAUUUAUUUCGGUGGGAUUUUGGGGGUGGUCCUGUUUCUUCUUGAUGUGGUUUGGAUUGAUAACUCCACUGGGUUUGGCAAGGAUUUUAUUGCUGCCGUUGCCGGGGUUUCGGAGAGCCAUGAGGUUGUAAUGUUGAUCCUUACUCUCAUUUUUGCCAUUGGCCACAGUGGCUUGGCUAGUCUUCGAGAUAGUGGCGAGAAACUCAUUGGAGAACGUGCUUUCCGUGUUCUAUUUGCAGGGACAUCUCUUCCAUUGGCUGUUAGUACAGUUGUGUACUUCAUCAACCACAGAUAUGAUGGACUGCAGUUAUGGCAACUCCAGAGUGUUCCAGGAAUACAUCAACUUGUGUGGUUCUCUUCCUUUGUUUCCUUCUUUUUCCUCUAUCCUUCAACCUUUAAUCUAUUAGAGGUGGCAGCUGUUGACAAGCCUAAGAUGCAUCUUUGGGAAACUGGGAUCAUGAGAAUCACCAGACACCCCCAGAUGGUCGGACAAGUGAUCUGGUGCAUAGCUCACACAGUCUGGAUAGGGAACUCUGUAGCAGUUGCAGCCUCUAUUGGCUUAAUUGGACACCAUCUAUUUGGGGUUUGGAAUGGAGACAGAAGGCUGGCUUCACGAUAUGGGGAGGCUUUCGACACUGUGCAGAGAAGAACAAGCAUUAUUCCCUUCGCAGCUAUCCUUGAUGGACGACAAAAGUUACCCAAAGAUUACUACAAAGAAUUCUGCGGUUGCCAUAUUUAUCAAUCACCAUGCUGACACUAGGUGCGUAUCUGGCUCACCCCCUUAUGCAGGCAGCUAGUUUUCGGCUUCAUUGGUAGAAUACAGAUCCAUCUGAUCUGUUUUAAACCAACAGACGGGAAUCUGAAAUUGUAUAUACUUUUUAUACAUUGAAAUCAUAUACUGAGUCUGUUUUGGAA